AAACCAGCUAGGCAUUAACUUUCUGCUACUCAAGCACAUCUUUUGUUCUCUUUUCUUUUCAUUCUUUCUCUUUCUCUCCAAAUCACCCCCCACACAGGAAAUCCUCAAAUGGAAUCCCCGCCUCCGCCAGCCGCGGCGGCUCCUCCUCUCACCACCACCACCAUCACCACCGCCACAGCUUCAGCCGCUCCCUACGCCGUCACUCCCGCCGCCUAUCCCGAUUCUAUUGACUCCUCGCCACGCUCCCGCAACACGGACUCGUGGGAUGACCCAGCUCUUCCCACUACUCUCCACUCAAAGCUCCGCCUCAUGUGCAGCUAUGGCGGCACAAUCGUCCCUCGUCCUCACGACAAAGUCUUAUGUUACAUCGGCGGCGACACUCGUAUGGUUGUCGUUGACCGCCACACUACCCUCGCUUCCCUCCAACACCGCUUGUCCCUUUCUCUUCUCCGCGGCGGCCCUUUUACUCUCAAAUACCAACUUCCCUCCGAAAACCUCGACUCUCUCAUCUCCGUUACAACCGACGAAGACCUCGAAAACAUGAUCGAUGAAUACGAUCGAACUUGUUCCCAAACGACGUCGUCGAGUAAGUCCUCCCGUAUUCGCCUCUUUCUUUUCCCUCUCAAUCCGGACGGUACCCUAGCGUCUUCUCAUUCAAUUGGACCGAUCAUUAACAGUUCCACCAAGUCCGAUGAAUGGUUUCUUAACGCGUUGAAUGGGUCCGGGUUGUUGAACCGAGGGUUUUCGGAUCCGAUGACGAACGUGAAUUUGUUGGGAUUGGAUGAAGAUCGUCAGGGGAACGUUGUUGAAGUUGGAUCGAAAGAUGAAGGGAGUGGGAGCCAGAAGAAUAUGAAUUUGAAAAGUCAAGAUGUUCACUCGGUUCCUGAUUCUCCCAUGCUUGAAACUUCUUCUUCUUUUGGUUCAACUUCUUCUUCUCCUUCGCUUGCCAACUUACCUCCAAUUCGAGUACAUGCUGAUGAUCAGAAGGAGCAUAGAGUGGGAAUCGAGGAACAGUUUGCUCAGUUUACUGUAACGGCUUCUUCUGUCGCUGCAGCUGGUGUGGGAAUGAAGCAACAGGAUGAAGUGUUUGUGGCUUUGUCAUCCCAACCGCCGAUGCCGGUGGGCAUCGCCGCUUCUGGAGGUGGGAUGUUCUUGAAUUCAGGUGUGAUUCCUGGGGAGUAUACAAAUCGGGUUCUUUCAGAUGAUGAGAGAUCAGAUCAUGGGGUUCCUGUGGGUUAUAGAAAAACACAAACUUCUCAGCCUCAGCCUCUUCAGAAUCAACAGAAGUAUAGCAGUGGUCAAGAUUUGGCUUCUCCAGAUUCAAUCUCAAGUGACAGUAGUUUUACAAAUCCACUAUCACGCCCAAAACCUGUGAUUUAUCAAGACCCAGCUCUUCAGAUCCCAUCUGGGGUUAACAGGGUUCCUGCAAACGCUGUUGAUCCAAACACAAUUGGCCGAGUUCAGGUACAACAACCAGUUCAGGAUUCUGGUUAUGUAUUGCUGCAACCUCAAUUAGACCAACAGCAACAACAGCAGCAGCAGCAAUUCUUACAUGCCGCUGCUGAACCACAUUACAUUCAUCAUCACCCCUCUGGAGCGGUGCCAAUAUCAGCUUAUUAUCCUGUACACCCUUCCCAACAGCAACAACAUCAUCAUCAUCAAACACAGAUUGAUCAGCAAUAUCCCCUGUAUUAUGUGUCUGCAAGGCAGCCCCAAGCAUACAGCAUGCGUGUCCAGCAACCUAGCAAUAGCAUCAAUGAAUCCCCCACAGGAAUCCCUUCAAGCCGUCCACAGACUCCUUCCAAUCCUACCAUGGCUCAUACUCAUGUAGCAUACAACCCAAUGAUAAAUGCUCCUCUUGCCAAAACCGGAAUGACUGCUGCCACUGGCUUAUACAGAACAUCGAAUACAGGUAACCCACAACUGAUUCAACUGCAAAACAGUCAGCAUCAGCAACAAUUUAUGGGUUACUCACAGAUUCAUCAUCCUUCACAAUCUGUUGCACCUACCUCCACUGCAACUGCCACAUAUGCUUAUGAAUUCAACGAUCCUGCUCAUGCUCAGAUGUAUUAUACCCAGCCUCUGGCACCCAACAUGCCUUCUCAGUACCAAACCAUGUCUGGAGUAGUACUGCCAGAUGCAUCUGCGCAACCCCCGGCUGUUAACAUCGAGUCACAGAUCAGAACCUCACAGCCAAUAUAAAUCAGUCAAGAAGGAAACAACAACAAUUUUGAAAGAAGAGUUUGGUUUAUAUCUUUAAAUUCUAUUUUUGUGUCUGCCUUUAAUUUGGUAAUGGUUUGUGAUAUGUAUUUGUGAAAGAUAAUAAGGAACUCUAUGGUCUUUUACUAUCUUGUGUAUGUCAUAUUGCUGGUAUUGUCAUAGGAAAUGGAAGUCGUCUGAAGAUUUAUACUGUACGAGCUCAAACUCUUAUAUUGUGUGCAAUUCAUAUAUCUGUUACUUGAUAA